UGGAUAAUUCUGAUCCGACAAAAGAACGUUUUUCUUCAUUUUGGCGUCUCCUCUAUCUUCUCUCCCUCAGCUCUGAGCUUCGAACCAGGGUAUCAAACAAGAGGGUUCUUGCUCCCAGAGGCCCAAAUUACUGCCCUAUCUUUUGGAAUCACAAUUUUUCAGAUGGAUUUUCAUCGGAUCGUCCUCGUCUUCUUCCUUUCCACUACACUCCUCUUCACUUCCCCUGUCACAUCCAACGAUGACGCGAAGGUCGCUCUGGCGCUCUAUUACGAGUCCCUCUGUCCUUACAGUGCCAAUUUCAUUGUUAAUUACCUUGCGAAGAUAUUCGACAACAGCAUAAUCGAUAUCGUCGACCUCGAUCUCAUCCCCUACGGGAACGCCAGGCUCAAGGCCAAUGGUACCAUCACCUGCCAGCAUGGUCCCUAUGAGUGCUUACUGAAUACCAUUGAAGCAUGUGCAAUCACUAGUUGGCCUGAUCUGACUGAACAUUUCAAGUUCAUCUUUUGCGUUGAGAAUUUGGUAGUCAAGCACAAGUACAAGGAGUGGGAAUCUUGCUUCCAGGAAACUGGGCUGAAUUCAGAAGCAGUCUCUGUUUGUUAUUACAGCGGAUAUGGGAAAGAGCUUGAACUAAAAUAUGCUGCACAGACUGAUGCUCUUGAGCCCCCUCAUAAAUAUGUUCCCUGGGUGGUAGUGAAUGGGCAGCCACUCUAUGAAGAUUAUGAGAACUUCGAAGCUUACAUAUGCAAUGCAUAUGAGGGCAACUCACCCCCGAAGGCCUGCGAAGGGCUGACAGGACUUGCAACAAAGAAGAAAGUGGCGAGCUGGGCUCAUCAUGUGAGCCUUGUUGAUGAACUAUUUGGAUCCAAUGAAGUUAAAGCAGAAGCAUGAUAUCUGAAUUCAAUUAUGAUGUACAAACUCAUAAGUUACAUAAGAGACAGCCAAUCUCUCUUACAGCUUGUCAUAAAAUCAGUUCCUGUUUCAUGGUUGUACAAAACUAUAAUCCUCAUAGUUUGCUUUCAUCAAUUGUAGAGCAGCACUAUAGGAAUGCAGUUGGUUUGGGACUGUAGAUUGGGUCACAAAUUGGUUUAUACUUUGUUGCUAGUCGAUAUUGCCGUCGGAAA